AUGCUGGAGCGGGAGCCGAAACCCUUGAGCUUCGAGCAGCAGCAAGCCUUCGACUUCUGGGCGGCCCGAGCAAAUGCUCUUCUCCCAGGGGUCGAAAGCCUGUCCCCUCCAGAUCCGCACGAGUACGCCCUCCUUCCGCCAGAGCGGAUCUUGCUGAACGAGCGGCUCGGUCUCGAGGCGGACGGAUCGGAGCCUGGUCCUCUUCCCUCCGAUCAUCCCUAUUGCCGUGAGCAACGAGAGCUAGGCUGCUACCCGCUUCCGGGGUGGGAGCAGAAACGGCCCCUCCCGCAGUACGAACCAUUUGAAGACGACCUCGGUAGGUCUCGCGAGAGCGACGAGGAGCACCGGUGUCGAAGCGGGCUCACCUUCGGGGAAUUCGAUGCCAAGGUUGCUCUAGAAAGCGGGAUAAAGAAGAACAAGCGCUUGCAACGGCACACAAAGGGCGGCUUCGUCUUUACGUGCCCUCAUUGUGUCAUCUAUGGUUUCCACGUCAUGCUACGGGGGGAAUCGCCGCGAGAUCCCUUCACCAUCCUCUACACUCGACUCAAUCGGAGAAAUCUUCCCCUGAUUCUCGUCCACGACAACGCCUGCAAGCUGCGCGCCUACGCGAUGCGGAGAGAGCCGGCGUUCUUUGCGCACGUUCGGUUCCUGGUCGAUAGAUUCCACUUCCACCAUACAACCGCCGAGGCGCACAAGUGCGGUCCAUCAUACAACACAGUGGAGUCGUGCAGCGCGUUUCUCGUAAACUUCAAGACGCAAGCGUGGUAUAGCAGCCUCAUAGCGUUCAUGGUCAUUCUCGCUAACCUGGUCAGCGGACGGAAUAGCGAUCUAGCACGCGUUGACGAACCAAAGCUGCGCAUUGCGGGCAGAGCAGACACAUGGAGCCCGUCUGUACGGCAACGACUCUUGAUGUACUGA